UGAAGUUUUAUUAAAAUCAGAGCUUCUCCGAUUGGAGCCCUAAUCAGGAAGAAGGAAUCGAGCUUCGUUUUGCACUUUUGGCUGCACGGAACUUUCAGAUUAAAAUCCAUAUAAAAUCUGUCAUUUUGACUCUCUUUCGAGGUUUUCCGAUGGGAGGGACGCGGUAACUUUUAGCAAAGGAAGCACGAUGAUAUCGGUGGAUUGGAUACUGUAACGACGAGCAUCGCAUUUUACUCAGCAAGGAAAAUUCCGACGAUCAAGGGGGAAUGCAAAACGUUUUUUUUUCCGAAGGUACUAGCAGCUGACUGUGAAAGCGACAACUUAAUUGUGCUACAUCUUCAUACCAGACCUUAACCGUUAGCUGCAUGUGAUGCUGGUAUCUAGAAGCAACCAAAGUUAAUGUAUUUUAAUUUAAAAGAUGAGCCUUAAAAUGCCAGGCUGCAACAGCAGGUUUCGCGAAUGCAGCGCAUGAAUAUUAUCUUGAAGCAUGCUACUUCGGAAGUAGGUCACCGUUUUAUACGUCUUGUCAAUUGUGAGAUUUUUUUGCUUCACGUUACGAAGCAAAGAAAUACCAUAGCUAAUCUGUUGGAAGAGGGGAGCAGAGCCAUCUUUUCACAUCCCCGCCGAAACUUCGUGAUGUUUUAACAGGCGCUGUGGGAAAGUAUGUAAUGACUCACGCGCGGCAGAAGGAUUCUCUGAGUAGGUAUCCGAGUGAAGGCCGGGACCAGGUAGGGGGUGGGCCGCAUGGUGAGGCAAUGGGAGGAGCCUGGCCUGAGUGCCCACUGCGAGAAGGCAGGACCAAGCAGGGCGUGGCCAAAAAGGGCGGGGCAAAGGAAAGCAAGGACCUAAGUGGAGAACAGGACAGGAAGUCCUACCCACUGAGGAAGAGAUCAGGUGUGGCUGAGGUUGGCACCCGCAACUGUCGUGUUGUGCUGACGCGUCUCGAGGAGAGUACUGUGCAAGAUGACGUGAAUUUGGAAAAUCUGUCCAGUGAUAUACAUGAGCAGAGCUGCAUAGAAGGACAGGAGAUGAGUACGUUCAACAGCUGUGGUAAGAAAACCAGCCAAGUCUGUAACCAGACACUGGAACCAAAAACCGAACCAAAACCUGACUUGAGUUCACCUCUUCAUGAGCCACGCAAACGAAGACUGGCAUCUCUAAAUGCAGAGGCGGUCAACAGCUUACUGCUAGAGAGAGAGGAUUUCCAACAGGGGACAAAAAACUCCAAGAAGCCCACGCAGAGGUUACAUGGCGAAUGUGUCUCUUCUAAGGAGCUAUCCAAGGAUCCGAUGAAUGCAGGAGAAUGGUCAGAUGCCCCAAAGGGCUCACAUGCUCCGAAAUCAGACUCGUGCGGAAGUCCCAAUAGCCGCAAGAAGGCCCGAAUAGACACUGAAAGCGUAAAGAGUGGCUGUCCGGAUGGCCCUGCCCCUCGGCGCCUAGCAGGACUUAAUGCUGCCGCUCUGCUCAAGCUCACUAGUGCCUCUGCAGGGAACAAACGCAGAGUAAAGACUGACUGCAAGGGAGUGUGUGGAGUGGUGGGGGGAAAGCAGCACCCCAAAUCAAGGAAACGGCGACACAAGCAACCGACGCAACUCCAGCUGAUACAGCAAGGGAGUUGUGCAUUGUGCAAAAAGGAAGGUUUUACCCCAAAAAUUGAAUGGGAGGGAACGACAGGAGAAGGGGACGGGUUCUUCAAAUUGGGAAAUCAGUGUCGGAGUAUGCUGGGGUAUCCUAUGAAGGAUGUCAAAGAGGAACAGACUGAGACGGAGGUGGACCCAUUUUACUGUUGUCCCCAAGAGAAGUCCAUGGAAUACUGUCACAGACUGGCUCUGUUUCUCGGACGCCAGCCCUACGCAGAGCCGGAAGAGCAUUCUCCUGACUCCCUCAAACAAGAGUUCCUCAUACCCACGCACUCCCUGGCACAUCCUGCCCUGACUGUAGGCACACACCCCUACCUGUGCCCAGAUCCUUGCUUCUCAGGCUAUUAUCUCCACAUCGGCCAUCCUGGAGCUUCCUCGCCUCCCCUGACGACUGGCCCCGUGCCCUACCCGCCCUCCACUGUGCCCUCCGUGACGCUGUGCCCCAGCUCCAAGCUGCUCACUUCUGCAGUCUCGCACCCCUCGGGGAUCCCACACCCUGCCUUCUGCGGUUCGGUGGGGUCGCCCUGUUUUGGGGAGGCCUGCAGGGUCAAUGGCUUUACCACAGCCGCCGCUUACAGAGCUGUGCAGCCUGUCGCGGGCAGGAGAUGUACUUUCAACACGGGAUGCACUGGCUGCUCCAACAAAAUCAAAACAGAGAGCUACAUCACUUCCCUGGAUGGGCACAGCCCAGCCAUUCCAGUCUCUCCCACCCUGCCCCUCUCAGGAUGCCCGGUGCCCACGGUGCCUCCUGCGGCCCAGUCAGUGCCACACGUGCAGACACCCCUCUCGGACCCCAGCCAGCCCCAGGCCCAGCUGAAGGUGGCGCGGGAGUGCCCCCAGAGUGCCAAACCCCCCAGCGGUUCCCGCUCUGGGGUCCGCAGUACCGCCGGCUGCCCCCAUCUCUCUGACAGCCAGCUCACCCCUGGCCAUGCCAGCAGCACGGGCAAGCAGCAGAGGAUAACUCGCCGCCGGGCCACGAAUGGCUGGCUGCCCAUCGGCCUGCCCAUCGAGAAGGAAGUCUUCAUAGUGGGGGAGGAUGAGCCUGCCCUCCGGCGGUGUUACGAAGGAGUGCAGCGGGACGGGGAGAUCAUCCGGGUCAGAGACACUGUCCUGCUCCGUUCUGGACCACGCAAGAAGUCCCUCCCCUAUGUGGCCAAAAUCUCUGCCCUGUGGGAAGACCCCAAGACUGGAGAACUCAUGAUGAGUUUGUUUUGGUAUUAUCGACCAGAACACACUCAAGGGGGCAGAAUUCCCAGCAUGCACUGUGAGAAUGAGAUAUUUGCAUCUCGGCAUCAGGAUGAGAACAGUGUGGCCUGCAUAGAAGAUAAGUGCUACGUCCUGACAUUAGCACAAUACUGUAGAUUUUGUGCCUUGGUAAAGCGGCGUGGAGAGGGUCUCCCCGAAAGCGCCCCCAUGGUGCCGCCUUCCCCCGAGUACUUCAUCCCGGCACACCGCCGCGUCCCCGCGCACAUUGACCCUGACCUCGUGUUCCUGUGUCGCCACGUCUACGACUUCCGCUACGGGCGCAUCCUGAAGAACCUGCAGUAGCGCCGGCCCGGGGACUGGAGUGCGCCGAGGGGAGCGCCGGCCUGCCAGGACAGCCGCCCGCUCGCGCCAUGCCGCAGGCGGACCUGGGCACACACAGGGCCGGAGAGAGAGGGACUUAGCAGACAAACCAAUCGAUAACUGAACUGAAACUUAAACAAGCCAGCGUUCAAGUGCCAAACCGAGCCUGUGGGAGCCAGCCCUGCCCUGGGGAGUUCCUCAUUUGACAGGUUGGGGAAGAUGAAGGCCCAGCCUGUGGCACUCCCCCCAAACAGUCAUAUGGUGUUUUGCCAUUUCUAACUGGCAGAAAUCCAGUACUGAUUGGAUAUAAGAGGACCUGGCCUGAUUUCCCCUAAUGACCUAAGAGCCAUUGGAGAAGGGCAUGCAAGACCAUUCUGUGCGACAUGUCAGUGAAAGAAACUGAGAAAAACAAAUCCACACGUGCUUUCCAGAAAUCGGAUGAAGUGAUCUAGUUUUUAUUGCAAUCGUCUUGAGCUGUUAUGUCCCAGUACUGGAUUCUGUGUCUGCAGUGAGCAGCGAUAUGAGUUUGUCAUUUCUGUAUCUGAGGUGAAGAUGCCCUAAGCAACAAAAGGCCACUGUGUCCCAUGCUGUGGAAAUGUCAGUGUCAGCUUAUUUGGACGAGGGAGAAAUUGGCUGUCUUCUGUUACUAAGAUUCUUCUGAGUCUUCUACUCCAGAAUCUUCUGCAGUAGAAUGAAUGAAUUUUCUUGCCUUCAGCUCUCAGAAUGAAAUGAUACUGUCUGAGGUGUGCCCGCGCUAGCUUGACACGUUCGAGCGGGUCAGUGGCAGACGAGUUCACACAUCAGUUAAUAUUCAAAUUCCAUCUGCUGUUGUGAAAGAAAGCAGAUUCCGGAUGAAAUGUGCAUAUGGGUGGGACCAGGUAUCCCAGGGUCCAUCAGGCUGUCCCCCACAGGAGCGGUUUGGCCCCCCUGCUGCGAAUCGACCAAUGAGAGGGAGGCAGGAUUUUUUUUUUCUUCAACGCUUCCUGGCAGUUACCCGUGACUUGCCUUAUGCCUUGCAGGUAGAGAUGUAGGCAGCAAGCUCCACUACACCCCUCCCCCCCCCCCCCACUCUCCUGAUAAAACCAAAGGAUGUCACAGCGCGGAGCCCCAGUUCCCCACCUGCCCCCCCCGGUGUUUAUCGUUAGUUUGCACUCUUUUUGUGUUUAAUUAGAACUUUUAUAUGAUUGUGUUCUUGGCUUUACCCGCUACUAAUAUUGUUCAGGAGGAACUCUGUGUUUUUCCGUUUGUAUACUUGUAGACCAGAAGGACGUAUUAGGCUUUUUCCUCCUCCCCAUGGGAUCAGGGUAAGACACAUGCAAACACUUAACUUUCUGCUGUGCUGCAGCUUUUAUCUAGGACAUUGUGGAGCUCCCCACCCCCUCCCCUGCACAUGUCCUCCAUUCUGAAUAAUACAGUACUGUAUGUCCAUCAAGAAUGAGAGAAACAAGAAUUAAAGAGAGGUAGCAUGUGCAUUGUCAAAGUGUCACAUAGGUUUUUCUAGACUUUCGGUAUCUUAUGUAGUAUGUCUGGUAGCUUUUAGGAACAAGUAUUACUGUAUUUAUGAGAUGAAGUUUUUUUUUAAAUGUUUUGCCAAACUUGAAUUUUGAGGAUGGGACAUUACUUAAGAAUUUCACUCUUUUCGGCCCCAUGUUCAGUAUGGGUGUAUUCUGGGAGCAAGUCAGACACAUGGGCACGUUCUGUGCAGACAGUAUUGUCACACCGUAAUCAGAAAGGGUUUUUAUUUUAAAAGAUGAAGCGGACAAUGACCUAAGG